CCGGCCAAUCAGCGCGCGGCGGGCGGCGGCGCGGGGAAGAUGGCGGCGGCGGCGGGCGGGUGGACGGCCGAGGGCCCCGAGGAGUUCGAGGACGCGCCCGACGUGGAGCCGCUGGAGCCGACGCUGGCGAACAUCAUCGAGCAGCGCAGCCUCAAGUGGAUCUUCGUGGGCGGCAAGGGCGGCGUGGGCAAAACCACCUGCAGCUGCAGCCUGGCCGUGCAGCUGUCCCGGGUGAGGGAGAGCGUGCUGAUCAUCUCCACCGACCCUGCCCACAACAUCUCGGACGCCUUCGACCAGAAAUUCUCCAAAGUCCCCACCAAGGUCACCGGAUACGACAACCUCUUCGCCAUGGAGAUCGACCCCAGCCUGGGCGUGGCCGAGCUGCCGGACGAGUUCUUUGAGGAGGACAACGUGCUCAGCAUGGGCAAGAAGAUGAUGCAGGAGGCCAUGAGCGCCUUCCCCGGCAUCGACGAGGCCAUGAGCUACGCCGAGGUCAUGAGGUGGGGAGGGGGAGCCGGGGGGCGAGGGGGCGUUUAG